CUCCUGCUCUCGGCCAUUAGGGUGCAAGCGAAUCGAAGUGAAUUCGAACACACGCAGUCAGUCCAAUAGUUACCAGUACAAGCACUACAAGCCACUGCCCAUGGUCUUCGUGUAAUUCCGCACCAAGUGUUUUAUCCGAUUUUAACCUGAGCCAAGCCCGUAGAAAUGGCCAUGCAGCCGUUCAAGAAACGCGUUUGCUACUACUAUGAUAGUGAUAUCGGGAAUUAUUAUUAUGGCCAAGGACAUCCUAUGAAGCCGCAUCGUAUAAGGAUGACGCACAAUCUACUCUUGAACUAUGGUCUUUACAGGAAGAUGGAGAUAUAUCGACCACAUAAAGCUACAGCAGAAGAAAUGACAAAAUUCCAUAGUGAUGAUUACAUCAGAUUUCUUAGAUCAAUACGCCCAGACAACAUGGCAGAAUACAACAAGCAAAUGCAACGAUUUAACGUUGGAGAAGACUGCCCUGUUUUCGAUGGCUUGUACGAAUUUUGUCAAUUAUCAGCUGGUGGAUCUGUAGCUGCUGCUGUAAAGCUCAACAAGCAAGCCUCGGAAAUCUGCAUCAAUUGGGGCGGUGGCUUACAUCAUGCAAAAAAGAGCGAAGCUUCUGGCUUUUGCUAUGUAAAUGAUAUUGUGCUUGGAAUUUUGGAAUUGCUCAAAUAUCAUCAGAGAGUCUUGUACAUCGACAUCGACGUUCAUCAUGGCGAUGGUGUAGAGGAAGCUUUUUACACAACGGAUAGAGUGAUGACGGUCUCAUUUCACAAGUACGGCGAGUAUUUCCCUGGAACGGGAGAUCUUCGCGAUAUAGGAGCAGGAAAGGGAAAGUACUAUGCAGUUAAUAUACCUUUGAGAGAUGGUAUGGAUGAUGAAAGCUACGAAUCAAUAUUCGUUCCUAUCAUCUCUAAAGUGAUGGAGACAUUUCAACCCUCUGCUGUUGUUUUACAGUGUGGUGCAGACUCCCUGACAGGUGACCGAUUAGGAUGCUUCAAUUUAACUGUGAGGGGUCACGGCAAAUGCGUAGAGUUUGUGAAGAGAUAUAAUUUACCUUUUCUGAUGGUGGGAGGUGGUGGUUAUACCAUCAGAAAUGUAUCCAGAUGUUGGACAUAUGAGACAUCGGUGGCUCUCGGAAGUGAAAUCGCUAACGAGCUUCCAUACAACGAUUACUUUGAAUAUUUCGGCCCUGAUUUUAAACUACAUAUUAGUCCUUCAAAUAUGACAAAUCAAAAUACUCCUGAAUAUCUCGACAAAAUUAAAACGAGGCUGUUUGAAAACCUGAGAAUGCUACCUCAUGCACCUGGUGUACAAGUUCAGGCAAUACCAGAGGAUGGUGCCAUUAUUGAUGAUGCGGAAAUUGAAGAAAAGAUUAAGCUCGAUGAGAGACUGCCCCAACGUGAUUUAGAUAAGAGGAUACAACGUGAGAACGAGUACAGCGAUAGUGAAGAUGAAGGUGAAGGUGGGCGAAGAGAUAACAGAUUGUACAAGGGGUCUACGAAGCGAUUACGUUUGGAAAAAGGUCAAGAAAUGGAUAUGCGUCUUAUGAACAUUAAUCUAAAGAAAGAAGACGAUGUAAAAUCAGAUGUGAAAGAAAAUGAAAAGGAUGAGAAAGUAAAUUUCAUGAAUGACGAAACAAAGAAAGAGGGUGGGAUGAACCUCUGAUAAGUACUUCAAAACUCGCAUAUCUGCACAAGUACAAAAGUCCCUAUUUAAAAAUUAAGUAUAAAUAAGUUUAGAUUAUUUAAAUAAAGGAAUAAUAGAAUUUUUUUGUGGGAUCAUUAUCGUGCUACAUGCUGAGAAGCCUCUUGAGAUAUAGAAGUAUCAUAUGUCAAGUGUGUGCAAUCUACUUAGGCCUGGCCGAAGACAAGGCAUAUAUGGAAUCCAAAUAUAAAAGAAGUAUGCAUAUAUCCAGUGAUGAGGGCCUUUUCAUAAUUUUUAUGAGUUAAGAGUUAAGAAAAAGAAUCGAUCCAGAGACGAAAUUAUGAACGUAUGGAUUUUGUAUAUUACUGUAUUUGUACUUUUGUAUUUAAUGAGACAUUUAAAGUUGCUUUAUAGUCAUUAAGAUACGUAAUUAAGAUAAAAAAUAAAUACAAAAUCUUA